AUGGACUACAGUGCUCUAAAGCGACCUACACUGCAGGACUUGUGUGGAGCCAGAGGAAUAACGCCUGGUGGGCGUAACAAGGCCAAAUUGACUGCUGUGCUCAUGGAGGACGACCAGGCACACAACGUGGACCCCAGCGACUGGGUCACCAUCCUGGCCAGCAAACUAGUGGAGAAGGCAGCGGAUAUUUACCAGACUGUACCAGAAGAGCAGAUCAGAGACUAUCCCUUUGUUACACAAAUCCUUCUGGCCUGCUAUGCGGUCACCCCCGAGCAAUACCGCCGAAAGUUUGGAUUUGACAGUUACCAGAGCUUACAAGCCAUGAUAUUUGCAGUGGAGGAAAUUAAUGCAAAUCCAAACCUUCUUCCUAACAUCACUUUAGGGAUCAAACUUUUUGACACUUGUGGUGCCAUGAGACGGGCAGUGGAAGGGACUCUUUGGAUGUUAUCAGGGGGGAGCAAGAGCAUCCCCAAUUACCAAUGGAAAGAGAAGACACAUCUCGCUGGUAUCAUUGGUGACUCUGGAUCGACACGUUCCAUCUUAAUGGCUCAAAUAUUGGGACUCUAUAGAUAUCCACAGGUCAGUUAUUUUUCUACUAGCCCCAUCCUGAGUAAUAGGAAUCAGUUCCCAUCCUUCUUCCGGACAAUACCUAGUGAUGAGUUUCAGUCUCGAGGACUAGCUCAGCUUGUUACACACUUUGGUUGGUCAUGGAUUGGACUCUUGGCCAUUGAUAAUGAUUAUGGUCAGUUUGGUAUCCAGGUGAUUAAACAGGAGUUGCUCAACUCUGGAGCAUGUGUGGCCUUUGUUGAGAACAUCUUGAGCAACCAUCCAAACAGAAAUGCCCCACAGAUUGUCAAGACCAUACAAGAGUCAACAGCUAGUGUUAUUGUUGUGGUUUCAUCUGCCUUUGAUUUCAUGUCAGUGCUGGAAGAGUUACUAAAGCAAAAUGUGUCUGGCAAACAUUGGGUAGCCAGUGAAUCCUGGUCAACAUCCAAUCUUCUGUCCAAUAAAAGAUUUCAACAAAUCUUGGCAGGCACUAUUGGUUUUGCUGUGCACAGUGGGAAGAUGCUGGGAUUCAGAGAGUAUCUCAUCAGCUUUCAUCCUUCAAAAUAUCCAGAUGAUGACUUUGCCAAGUUUAUUUGGGAACAAAUGUUUUUGUGUAAGUGGUUUGUGAAAGUGGAUAAUGGAACAACUCAAAAAUGUACAGGUGGAGAAAAACUAGAGAGCUCUCAAACUAUAGCAGAUUUUAGGCUACCAUUUAAUGUCUAUACCUGUGUUUACACCUUUGCAUGGGCCUUGAAAAGUCUCCUUCAAUGCAAACCUGGAGCUGGACCAUUCCAUGAUGGACAAUGUGCCAAUAUCUCAUCUUUUCAACCUUGGCAAUUACUCCAUUAUGUCAAAAAUAUAAACUUUCAGACUGAUGAUAAAACACAUAUUUUCUUCAAUGAUAAAGGGGACCCACCAGCAAUAUACGAUAUUGUGAACUGGCAACUGGGGGCUACAGGAAAUUUGGAACAGGUUCCAUACUCCAAGUGCAGUCCAAGUUGUCUCUCUGGGUUUCAACAGGUGACAAUACCAGGAAAACCCUCCUGCUGUUAUGAGUGUGCUCACUGUCCUCAAGGGAAAAUAUCUAAUCAGACAGAUGCCGUUGAGUGUCAACAAUGUUCCUGGGACAUGUGCCCAAAUCAAAAACAGGACAGAUGUCUACCCCGCACUCUUGAAUUUCUGUCCUACAAAGACCCAAUGGGUGUAAGCUUGGCAGCCAUUGCUCUUUUCUCUUCUACCAUCCCUGUCUACAUUUUGAUGGUCUUUUUCCGCCACAGAACUACUCCAAUAGUUAGAGCCAAUAACUGGUCUCUCAGUUGCCUUCUUUUAGUGUGCCUCUCUUUUUGCUUUCUUUGCUCCCUAGCUUUCAUCGGCUAUCCACAGCCUGAGAUGUGCCUGCUGCGCCAGGUGACAUUUGGCAUGGUUUUUGCACUCUGCAUUUCCUGUGUCCUGGCAAAGACUAUUACUGUUGCAAUAGCCUUUAAAGCAACCAGGCCAGGCUCAAGGUUAAGAAAAUGGUCAGGGAUCAACGUCUCGUAUUCUGCUAUGGGGAUUUGUGUCUUUGUCCAGCUAUGUAUCUGUGUACUCUGGUUAUCUCAUUCCCCUCCUUUUCCAGAAUAUGACACUCAGACACUAUCUAGAGUCAUCAUUGUUAGCUGUAAUGAAGGCUCAUCAGGUGUUUUUUUCUGGAUCAUGCUUGGAUAUCUUGGCCUUCUGGCUGCUAUCAGUUUUAUUUGUGCCUUCUUGGUGAGACACCUUCCAGACAGUUUCAAUGAAGCCAAGUUCAUCACAUUUAGCAUGCUGGCCUUCCUCAGUGUCUGGGUGUCCUUUGUUCCAGCUUAUCUUAGCGCUCGUGGAAAGAACACAGUUGCCAUGGAGAUCUUUGCCAUUCUUUGUUCCAGCUGGGCUGUGGUUAUCUGUAUUUUUGUGCCAAAAUGUUUCAUUAUAUUAUUCCGACCCAACAUGAACUCCAGAGAGCAUCUCAUGAAAAGAGACAAAGAGCAGAAGUAA